AUGCUACCAUCACAAAAUCCAGAUGCCGCUGUUGCAAAGGCCCAGACUGCUAGGGAAUGGCCUCUCUGGGAGCGAUGGUUCGCCACAGCGGUACUGUCGGGCUACAAAUUCAUCUCCUCGCUCGCAUCCUCGACAAUGGCCCCGGGGAUCGAUACAAUCUCGGAGGAGUUCGCGAUCCAUAAUUCAGUCGUCAGUACUCUGCUACUGACGGUCUACGUGUUGGGGUAUGCAGUAGGGCCGCUGCUUCUCGGCCCUGCCUCUGAGAUCUACGGGCGGAAGCCUGUGCUUGCACUGAGCAAUCUCUGGUACCUUGUCUUCAACAUAGCCUGUGGUCUUGCGAGAUCAAGGGACCAGAUGAUCGCGUUCCGUUUUCUUGCUGGUGUCGGCGGGAGCGGGCCCCUUGCUCUGGGCGGAGGAGUGCUCAGCGACUGCUGGAAUGCAGAAGAGCGUACUAGGGCUCUGAGUCUGUACACACUUCCAGCAUUACUCGGGCCGGCACUUGGGCCCAUUAUCGGUGGCGUUAUCAUCGAGAAUCUGAAUUGGCGGUGGAUAUUCUGGGUGACAUCCAUAGCCUCUGCUGUGAUCCAGCUGGUCGGGCUCGUCCUCCUAAGAGAGACAUAUGCACCAGCCAUCCAGAAGAGGUUUAUGAGCAAGUGCCUUACCACGCCUGGUGCUGGAGCCCUCAAAACGGGUGAAGGCGUUACAAGCAAGAUUUCCAAGAAGUUGACUACUGCCGUUCGACUCCUCUGCUUUGAGCCCACGAUUCAGCUUGUCUCUUUGUACGGCGCAUUUUUGUAUGGCCUCAUGUACAUCGCGAUCUCUUCCAUGACAGAGCUUUGGACGGGAAAAUAUGGCGAAUCGCGUCUAAUUUCAGGACUCAACUAUAUAUCACUCGGUCUUGGAUUCGCCUUUGGCUCUCAGUCAGGUGCCGUUGCCAACAGAUGGUGGACAGCAGAGGCCAAGCUUCACUGGAUCCUGCCAAAUAUUGGAGUUUUCAUUUUUGCGUUCGGCAUUGUGAACGGAUUGCAGAUUAUCAACCUGUACACUGUGGACUGCUUCACAAGUGUGUCGGCCUCGGCCGUUAGUGCUAUCACUGUCACCCGUUCAGUCGCCGGUUUCUUGCUACCUCUCCCGGUUCCCAUCAUGUAUCAACGCCUCGGCUAUGGUUGGGGCAACACACUCUUGGCGCUGAUAGGAGUAGUCCUGGGCUUUCCUAUACCGCUGCUCCUAUGGUGGCAUGGCAGAAGGAAGAGAAAUGGGAUACUCUCGGAGGAUUAA